AUGAGGAGUGUAUACGUGAGAAAACUCUUUGAAAUAGUUCUAGACUAUUCACUUCUGAGACCUCUCACAACAGUCUUCCUUGCCCUGCGCCUGAGCUGGCUUCAAGACAUGUAUUACUUCCCAGCAGCAGAGAAUGCCCGCCAUGAUGAUGGGGCGCCGCCUCUCGCCGCGGGGAGCCCGGCUGCCCUUGCGCUCUCUGCCCGAGCCUGUACGGUGCUAUGCCAGCCGCCUGCCCGCGGGCCUGCCUUCUUUCACCGCGGCGCCCUCGGAGUAGAGCUGGGCCCUGGCAUUUCUGUGUUAGCUGCAGCACCAUCUGUGUUGCAGCAGCACCGCCAAGUUCAUCAUGCGGUGAUCCCUCAUGGAAGAAGUGGACGAUCCUCUGUUAGUGGCAUUGUGGCCACUGUCUUUGGGGCUACAGGUUUCCUAGGACGAUAUGUUGUCAACCGUUUAGGUCGCAUUGGAUCUCAAGUAGUCAUACCCUAUCGCUGUGAUCAGUAUGACCUUAUGUAUCUGCGGCCGAUGGGUGACCUGGGGCAACUUCUCUUCUUAGAGUGGGACUGUAAGGACAAAGACUCUAUCCGAAGAGCCGUGGAACACAGCAAUGUGGUCAUUAAUCUGGUUGGAAAGGAAUGGGAAACAAAAAACUUCAGUUUUGAAGAUGAAUUUGUAAAUAUUCCCACAAGUAUUGCACAAAUAACUAGGGAAGCUGGUGUGGAAACACUCAUUCAUAUCUCUCACCUGAAUGCUAGCAUGAAGAGUCCUUCCAAAUACCUCAGGAGUAAAGCUGUUGGAGAGAAAGCAGUGAGGGAAGAAUUUCCAGAUGCUAUAAUUUUGAAGCCCUCUGAGAUGUUUGGGAGAGAGGACCGAUUUCUCAAUCAUUACGCAAACAUGCGCUGGUUCGGUGGUGUGCCUCUUAUUUCUCUUGGCAAAAAAACAGUGAAGCAACCGGUAUAUGUGGUUGAUGUAGCAAAGGCAAUUAUUAAUGCAGUGAAGGAUCCUGAUGCUAAAGGAAAAACAUACGCCUUGGCUGGACCUAACCGAUACCUCCUUUACGACAUGGUAGAAUACAUCUACGCAGUUUGCUUUCGAACCUUUCUUCCCUAUCCGCUUCCACGUCCUCUCUACCAUUUAGUUGCAAGAUUCUUUGAGAUUAAUCCAUUUGAACCAUGGUUAACACGAGACAAAGUGGACCGGUUUCACACAACAGACAUGACGUUUCCUGACCUUCCUGGUUUGGAAGACCUGGGUAUUCAACCAACAUCUCUAGAACAAAAAGCAAUUGAAGUUCUGCGCCGUCACCGCAGAUACCGCUGGUUGGAUGCUGAGCUGGAGGAAGCAAAACCAGCUAAGACAUAUCCCAUGUAACAGUUGAUAAGGUUACUUAACGCUUCUUAAACUGCCUUUGUAUGACCCAAUUUGUUUGGAGAACUGUGUACAUACUGAGUAAAAUACAUUAAUCAUGUAAAC